UCAGGAGCCCGCCCGCAGCUCACUGUUGCGGCUGCGCCUCCUUGUUCUCAGCGUCACCACUGCCGCCAUGCCCGGAGGGUUGCUUCUCGGGGACGAAGCCCCCAACUUUGAGGCCAAUACCACCAUCGGCCGCAUCCGCUUCCACGAUUUCCUGGGAGAUUCAUGGGGCAUUCUCUUUUCCCACCCACGGGACUUUACCCCAGUGUGCACCACAGAACUUGGCAGAGCUGCAAAGCUGGCGCCAGAGUUUGCCAAGAGGAAUGUUAAGUUGAUUGCUCUUUCAAUAGACAGUGUUGAGGACCAUCUUGCCUGGAGCAAGGACAUCAAUGCUUACAAUGGUGAAACACCCACAGAAAAGUUGCCAUUUCCCAUCAUUGAUGAUAAGAACAGGGACCUUGCCAUCCUUUUGGGCAUGUUGGAUCCAGUAGAGAAGGAUGCUAACAACAUGCCUGUGACGGCCCGUGUGGUGUUCAUUUUUGGCCCUGACAAGAAACUAAAGCUGUCUAUCCUCUACCCUGCCACCACGGGCAGGAACUUUGAUGAGAUUCUCAGAGUGGUUGACUCUCUCCAGCUGACAGCCACAAAGUCGGUUGCCACCCCAGUUGACUGGAAGAAGGGAGAGAGCGUGAUGGUCCUUCCCACCCUCUCCGAAGAGGAAGCCAAACGAUGUUUCCCUAAAGGAGUCUUCACCAAAGAGCUCCCGUCUGGCAAAAAAUACCUCCGUUAUACACCCCAGCCUUAAGUCGUUGCAAGAAUUGGGGCUGCAUCUGCGCGCCCAGCACUGGGACCUGAAGAUGUCAGCUGACAGCCGUGGGUCCUUUCAGCAGGUCCGUAGAAAGAUCGUGGCAUGAUCACAGCCGGUCCUGUAGAUCGCUCGCUAUACUACUGGGUCAUUAAAUGGAAAUGGCACCAAAACCUCGGGAUUCUUUACUCUGUGCCUUCGCCAGCAUUCUGCCCCUCCGCCUGUCACAGCGCCCUACUAACUGGCUUUCUUUGAAAUGAAUUAUGUAUUGACGAUUCCUUAGGUCUCUUCAGGGUCUGUGAUCAGCAAGGUAGUGUCAAUGCAGGCUCUGUGCUAGAAUGAUUAGACACCUUUUGUAGCUUUCCGAACUGAAUCUUCUGUUACCCAUUUUGGAGAGCACUAACAUGGGGAGAAGCUUUCGAUUCUGUAUUUUUAGUAAAUAAAGUGGGAACAGCCAGAAGAAUUCUUACAGGGAAUCAAUCCAUUGUAAGUUUCUAUCAAAGUGGGCUCAGAAAGCCUUUCGCCUCCCAAGAGUGCGCAUGUAACUCCUGGAGUUUCCACAUCUGCUCUCUGGUGUUGUCUGCAUGUGAACGCACCUUAUAAAAGAAGGCGGUGACAAUGAUUUACUACUCAAUGUCCUAAUAGUGGGUGGCCAUUUCUGAAUUCUGCUUUUUGAGGUUCAACAAAUAAAAUCCUGAUCAGAAAA